CCAAACCCUAGUUUCGAAAAAGCUCGACUUUAGCAGAUUCAGUCUCGUUUAGGUUCUUGAUUUUUGAGCAGGUCAGACCAUAGGGAAACCAUACGAGUGGUUCAGAAUACUUGGUUCUAACUGGCUAAAGAACUAGCAGUGUAGACAAAUGAAUCUUACCGUUGAGUGCAGUUUGACUUGCAUAGCAUCUUAUAAUUGGUCGAUGCUGGAGGCAGUAUGCCGGUAUUAGUUGGGAGCAAUGCAAAGGUAUCAUGGUGCCAGCUUCACUAGUGCAGUUAAUAAUAAUACAAUUGGUGGGGCAUCAGCCAGGGAUGCAUCACGAGCAGAUUCGUCUUCACUGCCUGCUAACUUCCCCCUGAAUCAAAGGCGGCUGCCACAGCCAGCACCCUACAAAUUGAGGUGUGAUAAAGAGCCUUUGAAUUCCCGACUUGGGCCACCUGAUUUUCAUCCACAGACUCCAAAUUGCCCGGAGGAGACUCUAACCAGGGAAUAUGUGCAAUCUGGAUACAGGGAGACAGUUGAGGGACUUGAGGAAGCUAGGGAGAUUUCAUUAUCUCAGGUUCAAACUUUUGCUAAGCCCAUUAUCCUAAAGUGCAAAGAGGCAAUCAGAAAAUGUCACAGGGCCAUUAAUGAAUCUCGUGCUAAAAAGCGUAAGGCGGGUCAAGUAUAUGGUGUGCCUCUUUCUGGUGUACUAUUAACUAAACCUGGUGUCUUCCUCGAACAGAGGCCGUGUGGAGAAGACUUCCGGAGGAAAUGGAUUGAGGGUUUAUCACAACCCCAUAAGCGUUUGCGUUCUUUGGCCGAUCAUGUUCCUCAUGGCUAUAGGAAGAAAUCCCUUAUUGAAGUUCUUAUCAGGAAUAAUGUUCCGCUACUGAGGGCAACUUGGUUUAUUAAAGUAACUUAUCUUACUCAGGUUCGGCCCGGAGACAAGACUCAGUUUUCCCGCACAGAGCUGUGGACAAAAGAUGUUAUUGAUUACUUGCAGUGUCUUCUUGAUGAGUUUGUUUCUAGAAAUGCUUCUUAUUCAAAUAGUCAUGUUAGGGAUAGGUCACCACAGAUGGGCUAUGGUGGGUCGAUGCAGCACAAGAGUGAUCCUGCAUCAGCAAUCCUUGAUGGUGAGGAGCCUUCUUUACAUUUUAAAUGGUGGUAUGUGGUGCGGAUUUUACAGUGGCACCAUGCAGAAGGGAUGCUUCUUCCUUCGCUCAUCAUUGAUUGGGUUCUCAAUCAACUGCAGGAAAAAGAUUUGCUUGGGAUUUUGCAGUUGCUGUUGCCUAUUCUACAUGGCGUUAUAGAAACUGUUGUCUUAUCUCAGACCUAUGUACGUACUGUUGUGGGAUUGGCUGUUCGUUUCAUUCAGGAACCUUCUCCAGGUGGUUCUGAUCUUGUAGAUAAUUCGCGGAGGACAUACACUAUGUCUACUCUGGCUGAGAUGCUUCGGUACAUGAUACUGGCCGUGCCUGAUACUUUUGUUGCUUUGGAUUGCUUUCCCUUGCCACCUUGUGUAGUAUCUAAUGUGUUGACUGAUGGGAAUUUUUUGUCAAAGACAUCUGAUGGUGCUGCAAAGAUGAAUAGUGGUUCUGUAGAAGUUAGUAGUCUGCUUAAAGAUAAAGGGCUUGAACCUCAAUGUCAAUUCUUAUCCAUUGAUCGGGUUGUUUCAUCAAUUCGGAAACGUGCAGAUAAGCUUGCUAUGGCUGCAAGGCCUGGCUAUCCAGGUCGCAAUGUAGCGAAAGCAAUACAGGAGUUGGAUAAGGCACUUAUAGAGGGAGAUGUGAGAAGGGCGUGUAGUUUCCUCUUUGAAGAUCUUUGUGAUGGAGCUGUUGAUGAAGGUUGGAUGGCAGAAGUCAGCUCAUGCUUGAGAUCAUCUUUGAAGUGGAUUGGAAUGGUGAGCUUGCCAUUUGUUUGUUCCGUGUUUUUCCUUUGUGAGUGGGCAACUUGUGAUUUUCGGGAUUUUCGUACUGCUCCGCCUAGUGGCAUGAAGUUCUCUGGUAGAAAAGAUUUUUCUCAAGUGUACCUUGCAACUCAGAUUUUAAAGCUAAAGAUAAAAGACAUGCAAAAUUCACUUCGGCGCAAGAGCAGCAGCUUUGCAAGAGGUUCCAGUCAGCUGAAUAACCCUUCUGUUAGGAAUUUUGUGGGUAUUAAUGAACAUAAAAGUAAUUCUAGGAGUGUGGUUAGAAAAAAAGAGCUGUCAAAUAUUUUUGAAAGCCCAGGUCCAUUACAUGAUAUUAUAGUAUGCUGGAUUGAUCAACAUGAAGUUCAAAAUGGGGAAGGUUUCAAGCGCCUUGAACUCCUCAUUAUUGAACUCACUCGUUGUGGCAUUUUUUACCCUCAGGCAUAUGUGAGACAACUGAUUGUUAGUGGAAUUAUGGAUAGCAGUGGACUUCUGGUUGAUGUGGACAGACGGAAGAGGCACUAUAAAAUCUUGAAGCAGUUGCCUGGGCUCUAUGUCCGUGAUGUUUUGGAGGAGGCACAAAUCACUGACAUGCCAGUGCUUUUGGAGGUCAUGAAUGUUUAUUCAAAUGAACGGCGCCUUCUGCUUCACGGGCUUAUUGAUCAUCAUAAAAAUCCGAAGAGUGCAAAUAGUUCAUCUCGGAAACAAAAGCGUCAUCUUGGCUCAGGUGGGGAUGGUGCUUCUCCCCCUUUUGUUGAUCAGUGGAGAACUAAUUCGGCAUCAUCCAGUCUGUCUGGUAAAAGUUUCAAUAGAGUUGCUGGUGUAGAAGAGCUAAAGGCUGCUAUUUUAGUAUUAUUGCAGCUCCCAAAUUCUUCUUCUACUACAUCCACUGAUACUGGAAUUGAUGAGUCUCAAGGGAGUGUUAAGAGGUUUGUUGGGUCAACUAGCAACAAAACCGAUAUGGGAGAAGGCACACCUGGGUGUGAAGAAUGUAGAAAGGCAAAGAGACAAAAGUUAAGUGAGGAGAGGAGCUCAUACCUUCAAGGGCAUUCACCAAAUCCAUUGGAUAAUGAAGAAACCUGGUGGGCGAGGAAGGGUGUAAAAUACUUUGAGGACUUGAAAACUGAUCCGCCAGUUAAGCCAGCCAAGCAGGCUACAAGAGGCAGGCAAAAAAUUGUGCGUAAAACUCAAAGUCUUGCUCAGUUAGCGGCUGCUAGAAUUGAAGGUAGCCAGGGAGCAUCCACGAGCCAUGUUUGUGAUAGUAGGGUAAGCUGCCCUCACCACAGAACUGGUUUUGACAAAGAAGAUCCAAAAUCAAUGGAUGAGAGCAGAACAACCCACUCUGGAGAUAUUGUUUCAGUUGGAAAAACUUUAAAGAGGCUGCGGUUUGUGGAGAAGAAGGUUAUCACAGUUUGGUUGGUAACUCUGGUUACACAACUUGUUGAAGAGAAUGAAAAGGCUGCUGCCAAGGUUGGCCAGUAUGGUAGGCCUUUUCCUUCUGUUGAUGAAAAAAGCUCUGUACGGUGGAAGCUUGGUGAAGAUGAAUUAUCUGCUAUUUUGUACUUGAUGGACGCUUCUAAUGAUUUAGUUUCAGCAGCCAGAUUUCUUCUUUGGUUGUUGCCAAAGGUUCUCAGUGGCCCCAAUUGUACAUUUCAUGGCGGGAGGAACUUUCUCAUGCUGCCAAGAAAUGUUGGAAGCCAUGCGUGUGAAGUAGGGGAGGCAUUUCUUUUAUCAUCUAUUCGGAGGUAUGAAAAUAUACUUGUUGCUACUGGUCUUCUUCCUGAAACUUUGUCGGCAAUGAUGCAUCGUGUGGCCACUAUUAUGGCCUCUAAUGGAAGAGUUUCAGGGUCCGCAGCAGCCCUAGUUUAUGCAAGGUACCUGCUGAAGAAAUACAGUAGUGUAGCUAGUGUUGUUGAAUGGGAGAAGAACUUCAAGGCAACAAGUGAUAAAAAACUUAUUCCUGAACUUGAAUCUGGAAGAUCACUUGAUGGAGAGUUUGUGUUGCCACUUGGAGUUCCAGCUGGAGUUGAAGAUAUUGAUGAUUUUCUACGGCAAAAGAUAAGUGGUGUCCGAGUUUCUAGAGUGGGUAUGAGCAUGAGAGAAACAGUACAAAGACAUGUUGAAGAAGCUUCAAAGGGUUUCCAUGGCAAAGAGAGAAAACUACUUGCAGCUAGUACAAUCAAAGGCCCGUCCCUCGAGAAAGGCGAUGAUGGGUAUCAAAUUGCACAACAAAUAGUAAUAAGCCUAAUGGAGUGCAUAAGGCAAACUGGUGGUGCCGCUCAAGAAGGGGACCCCUCUUUGGUGUCCUCUGCUGUUUCUGCAAUUGUCAGUAGCAUUGGUCCAGCUGUAGCAACAAUUCUUGAUUUACCAUCUAGUGGCAAUCCUACAACUUUUCUGUCUACUGGUGGUUUAUUUACAUUUGCUCGUCGAAUUUUACGUAUUCAUAUUACUUGCCUAUGCCUCCUUAAGGAAGCACUUGGAGAGCGUCAAAGUCGUGUAUUUGAGAUAGCUCUUGCAACAGAAGCCUUUUCAGCCCUUGCUCAGGCUUUGGCUUCUGGAAAGGCUUCUCGUGGUCAGUUUCAACUGUCUUCUGAAGCUCAUGAUUCCAGUGCAAACUUGUCAAACGAAACAAUGAAUAGUUCUACAAAAGUAGUUUUUGGAAGGUCUGCAAAACUUACAGCUGCUGUUUCUGCACUUGUUGUUGGGGCAAUUCUUCAAGGUGUUGCUAGCCUGGAGAGAAUGGUGACUGUUUUCAGAUUAAAGGAAAGGUUGGAUGUGAUUCAGUUUGUAAGGAGUACAAGAUCCAAUUCUAAUGGGAAUGCACGUUCAGUUGGGGCAUUUAAGGUUGAUAACUUGGUUGAAGUCCCUGUUCAUUGGUUUAGAGUGCUUGUUGGGAACUGCAGAUCAGUUUCUGAAGGAUUAAUUGUGGAGCUUCUAGGUGAAGCAUCUAUAGUAGCUCUAUCCAGAAUGCAAAGAACACUCCCUGUUAGCCUGGUUUUUCCACCUGCCUAUUCCAUAUUUGCUUUUGUUAUAUGGAGGCAAUUCAUCUUUAACACUAGCAGUGUAAGCCGUGAAGAUGUCCAUCAGGUGUAUCAAUCUUUGACAUUGGCAAUAGGCGAUGCCAUAAAGCACCUCCCUUUUCGAGAUGUCUGUCUGAGAGACACUCGCGGUUUAUAUGAUCUUGUUGCUGCAGAUACCACAGAUUCGGAGUUUGCUGCAAUGCUAGAAGUGAAUGGUCCAGACAUGCAUUUGAAAGCAAUGAUGGCCUUUGUUCCUCUACGUGCAAGGCUUUUUCUAGAUGCCAUUAUUGAUUGUAAAAUGCCACACUCCAUGGUUUCACAGGAUGAUGGGAAACGGGUCUCAGGGCAUGGUGAGUCAGGUGUCCAGUAUGCAGAAAGUGAGACAAAGCUUCUGGACAAGCUGGUACAUGUUUUAGAUACAUUGCAACCUGCAAAAUUUCAUUGGCAGUGGGUUGAGCUCAGGCUUCUUUUGAAUGAGCAAUCCUUGAUUGAAAAACUGGAGUCCCAUGAUACCUCCUUAUCGGAGGCUAUACACGCUGCCUCCCCAAAUCCUGAAAAAGCAGCGGCUUCUGAGAAUGAAAACAAUUUCAUUCAAAUCAUCCUCACAAGAUUGCUGGUAAGGCCUGAUGCUGCUCCUCUUUUUUCAGAGGUCAUACAUCUUUUUGGGAGGUCACUUGAAGAUUCUAUGCUAUUGCAAGCCAAAUGGUUUCUUAAUGGCCAUGAUGUUCUUUUUGGAAGAAAAUCCAUUAGGCAACGUCUUAUUAAUAUUGCUGAGAAUAAAUUCCUGUCAACUAAAGUCCAGUUUCGGAAGCCUUGGGGCUGGUGUUUUUCUUCUUCGGAUCUCGUGACCAGCAAGGGAGACAUGCGGAAUUUUGAAGCCAGUUCUCUUGAAGAAGGAGAGGUUGUUGAAGAAGGGACUGAAUUAAAAAGGUUGGGAAGAGGACCCACUCAAGCAUUGGAUGUCGAAGGCAUUAAUAUCUGUCAGCAACAUGUAACUGAGAGGGCUCUAAUUGAAUUAGUUCUCUCUUGCAUUGAUCAAUGCUCUGAUGACUCACGCAAUACCUUCGCAAAUGAUAUGAUCAAGCAGAUGAGUAUUAUUGAGCAACAAAUAAACACAGUUACUCGUGGAGCAAACAAGCAGGGUGGAGCAGUUAAUUCUGGAAUUGAAGUUACGGGGAUUAAAAGCAGUACUCGCAAAGGCAUGAAAGGGGGCAGUCCUGGUUUAGCUAGACGAUCAACAGCAACUGCUGAUACUGUACCACCUUCCCCUGCAGCAUUGCGAGUUUCCAUGUCAUUGCGUUUGCAGUUUCUCCUCAGACUGCUACCAAUCAUCUGUGCUGAUGGGGAGCCUUCAGUUCGUAACAUGAGGCACAUGCUUGCCUCAGUAAUACUGCGCCUCCUUGGAAGUAGGGUUGUGCAUGAGGAUGUAGACCAGUUCUUUUUUCCAACAAACAGUUCUUUCUUAAAGAGGGAUGUGGGAUUGUCAAUGGAAGCCUUCGCUGCUUCUGCUGUAGAUUUAUCUGGUGAAAGUCUCUUUGAUCGCUUACUGUUAGUGCUGCAUGGAUUGUUGAGCAGCUGCCGGCCAAGUUGGCUGAAGUCAAGGAAGGAGUUUCCUGCGUUUGAUAAUGAGGUGGCAGAGAGUUUGCAGAAUGACUUGGAUCGAAUGCUCUUGCCUGACUCAAUUCGGUGGCGUAUCCAAGCUGCAAUGCCUAUUCUUUUCCCGUCUUUUAGGUAUUCCAUCUCUUGCCAGCCGCCAUCUGUCUCCUCAGCUGCCCUCACUUCACUUCAACCCAUCAUUGCAGCAUCUGGGUCACAUACUGGAAAUUCAAACUUACCCCCAAGGAAUCAAGUUUCUUCGACAAGAUCUGCUACUUCUGUAUCUGAAAAAACGAAGCCAUUGCCAUCAUCGCAACUCGACAUGGAUAUAGAAUUAGACCCAUGGACACUCUUGGAGGACGGAGCCGGAUCGGGCCCAUCUUCAGCUAAUGCUGCCGGUGUUGGUAGCAGCGACAAUGGUAAUCUAAAAGCAUCCAGCUGGCUCAAGGGGGCUGUGAGGGUGAGGCGCACGGACCUCACAUAUAUUGGUGUUGUGGAUGAUGACAGCUGAUUAUAAAUUGAUUUCAUUCUUGAUUUGCCUCCAUGCCCCUAAGUUAAUCGUUGUUAUUUUGCUUGCACACCAUUGGUAUUCGUAUCAAGAUUGCCAUUUGGUGGUCAAAAGGAGCUAUGGGAAGAGGUUCUUUUGAGCUUCCGUUCACCUUUUGGGAAAGAGAGAUGAUGUUUCUCCUAAAGCAGCUCAUUCAACCAGGUCUCGGGGCCCAGAUUUACUACUAACCCUUCUUGUUGCUUCUCCUUUCUGAGCCGUGAAAGUUACAUGGUGAGGUUUGGAGGGUUUGUUGUAUAUAUAGAGAUAAUUGUUUCAAUUGAGGUGAGUAAAAUUUCUCAAGAAUGAGCUUUAUAGCUUGUUUUGUGCUCUCAUCAUUGUCUUGUUACAUCUUCCCAAUUGAGCUGAUUCAAAAUAUGUCGACAACUAUUUGUAGCUGUUUAAUGUUAUUCAAAUCUCUCUCUCUAGUGUGUGUGUGUGUGUGAGACAUAUACAUACAUCUUAAAAGGCUUGUUUGCUUGGAAUCUGGUAUAUUUGUAAGUUCUGUCUA